UGAACUUCUUCCUGUCCCGGAAUCUGUGCAUCACCAUUAUGAGGCUCGUAAUUCUUGAUAAUUACGACUUGGCUAGUGAAUGGGCAGCCAAAUACAUCUGUAAUCGCAUCAUUCAGUUCAAACCUGGACAGGACAGAUAUUUUACAUUGGGUUUACCAACAGGGAGUACACCUUUAGGAUGUUAUAAAAAACUAAUAGAAUAUCACAAGAAUGGAGACCUUUCUUUUAAAUAUGUGAAGACCUUUAACAUGGAUGAAUAUGUAGGACUUCCCAGAAAUCAUCCUGAAAGCUACCAUUCUUAUAUGUGGAAUAACUUUUUUAAGCAUAUUGAUAUAGAUCCUAAUAAUGCUCAUAUCCUUGAUGGGAAUGCUGCAGAUUUACAAGCAGAAUGUGAUGCUUUUGAAAGGAAAAUAAAAGAAGCUGGAGGAAUUGACCUUUUUGUUGGAGGAAUUGGUCCAGAUGGUCAUAUCGCUUUCAAUGAGCCAGGAUCCAGUUUAGUAUCAAGGACAAGAUUAAAGACUCUAGCAAUGGACACCAUUUUGGCAAAUGCUAAAUAUUUUGAUGGAGAUUUAUCGAAGGUGCCAACUAUGGCUCUCACAGUUGGUGUGGGGACAGUGAUGGAUGCAAGAGAAGUAAUGAUCCUCAUAACGGGUGCACACAAGGCAUUUGCUCUCUACAAAGCAAUAGAAGAAGGUGUAAAUCACAUGUGGACAGUUUCUGCUUUCCAGCAGCAUCCCCGAACUAUAUUUGUGUGUGAUGAAGAUGCUACUUUAGAGUUAAGAGUUAAAACUGUGAAAUACUUUAAAGGUUUAAUGCAUGUGCACAAUAAGCUUGUGGAUCCACUAUACAGUAUGAAAGAAGGAAAUUGAAGGAGAUUGGAGCAAAAUUCUGCUUGAAUGAACAGAACACUUUUAUAAGUAGAUGAAUUUUCAGCUAUGCAAUAUGAUAAAACACGGGGAUUUUUUUGAAGACUGUCAUUUUUGAAGUCCAAUAUCUAUAUGUUAAACAUUCCAUAUUUACAAUAUGUCCAUUUUAUACUAAGGUUUAGAAGAAGUUGACUCUCACAAAUAACUGUUACUGUAAAGUACAGAAGCCACACAGCCACUCUAUACAACAGUGCAGAAAUGAAAUGUCUGUUUAAAAAUUUCAAUUCAUUUUAAAUGCGAAGAAGAUAUAUCAAGUAUCAUUCAUAUGAAUCUGGUGGCAUUCUCAAAAAUUUUAUUUUUUAAUCACAUAAAGACACUCCACCUUUCAGAUUUCAAUCACUGUAAACCUUUACUUUUGGAAUGUAAUCUUUGUAUUUUCCGUGCAUUACACACAGCUUUUCUGCACGUGGUUGCCUUAGUCCCCUUCCUGCAGUAGCAUCUGGACAUCAAAAGUCCUGCUAUAUAGUGUUGGAACAGAAAAUCUGAAGAAAUGACAGUGCCUAAAAGUACAGUUUACGUCCUUUUGGAAAGUAUGUAUAAGUGCAUGGUUUUUGUGCACCACCUUCUACAGCACUUUUUUACAAAUGUGCUCUUAUUUUUAUUUAAUGACUUGGGUUCAUGCUUUUAAAAAGUAUUUUGGCAAUUAUGAACUUUAUACCUAGCAACACACUUAUGGAAAUUCUUUUGAAGACAAUUUUCUGAUUAUUGUUAAACUUCAUAAAUGAUUAGCUUUACUCCUUACUUAAAUGUCUAAAAAGGUAACAUGAUAAAGUAUUUAUAAAAGGAAUUACUGUAAACUAUUUUAGAUUGCCAUUAACAUGCAUCAUUAAAUUACAAAUAAAACUAUAUUGUUUUCUAUCUUUAACUCAAAUAAAGCUUGUAAUAAACAAA